GAUGUUUGGAAAUGAAUAUGUAACGCUAAGGGAAUCGACAAGUUUAGUAUCGAAGGGAACUACUGGACUGAGAACUUGGCCAGCAGCUUUAUACUUUGCCGAAUUUCUUUUAACAGAAGAAAUGAGAAAUGUUGUAAAUGAUAAACAAAUUCUAGAAUUAGGAUCUGGAAUAGGAUUUCUUGGGAUAUUCUUGCAAAAGAUAAAUAGUAAAAUUAACUUUACGUUUACGGAUUGUAAUGAAGAAGUUCUUGAUAAUAUUAAGGAAAAUUUUAAAUUGAAUUUUUCAGAAACUCCCUGCAGAGCGAACAAACUAGAUUGGGAAGCCCUUGAUAAAUGUGAUAAUCUAACCACGGACAUCGUUUUAGCUACAGAUGUUGUCUACGAUCUACGAAUAAUAAAACCUUUAAUAAACAUUUUAAACAUUCUACUAAAGUUUAAUGAAAAUUGUCAAAUAUUUAUAGCAUCAACAAUAAGGAAUGAAGAUACCUCUGAGCUUUUUAAGAAGACUUUAGAUGAAAGUGAACUUUUAUUCCAAUUGUUAUCGCCAGCUAAUUGUGAUGAGAUAUUCCUUUACGACAGAACCGCUAAAUUUGAAAUAUUGAAGAUAUAUAAGAAAUAA